AUUAGACGGGUAGGCAUAAUAGAGCUGGUUAAAUCGUGGCUGAUAUUCGUACGAGGGGGUAUGACAUGUGCCCAGUGUUUCCGUAAUACUGUAAUAUAAUUAUCUAGAUUAUAGCAAGCGACAAUAACAGCUGCUAGAAUGGCCUUGCACCUAAAUUGCGUUACUCUCUCUCUCUCUCUGUCACACGGGAUUAUAUUAUGUGAAUAUUAUGUACAUACACGGGUAUACGUCGUACGCGUAACGAUUGCGCUACCAAAUUAAACCGCUGAAGAAUUUUUUUUUUAUUCACCGCUUUUUAGAGUCGAGAGUUUCCCAAUUCUUCGCGGCGUCGUUGCGACAAAGUGAACUUCUGUUGAGCGAAACACGAGUGAUACGAAUAAUUCGUCUCUCAGAGAUUGAGAAAUGUCGACAUUCUGGGAGGUAAUAUCCGACGAACAUGGAAUCGAUCCAACGGGAACGUACCACGGCGAUUCCGACUUGCAGUUAGAGCGUAUAAACGUUUAUUACAACGAAGCGACGGGGGGUAAAUACGUGCCGCGAGCCAUCCUGGUGGACCUUGAACCGGGAACAAUGGACGCGGUGCGUUCGGGUCCAUUUGGUCAAAUAUUCCGCCCCGACAAUUUCGUGUUCGGUCAAAGCGGUGCCGGAAAUAACUGGGCGAAAGGUCAUUACACGGAGGGCGCGGAACUGGUCGACUCAGUUUUGGAUGUCGUAAGAAAGGAGGCCGAGAGUUGCGACUGUCUGCAAGGUUUCCAGCUGACGCAUUCCCUCGGCGGUGGAACGGGCGCCGGAAUGGGAACGUUGCUGAUAUCGAAGAUACGCGAGGAAUACCCCGACCGCAUAAUGAUGACGUUCAGCGUCGUUCCCUCGCCAAAAGUAUCGGACACCGUCGUCGAGCCCUACAACUGCACACUUUCGGUCCAUCAACUGGUCGAGAAUACCGACGAAUCUUACUGCAUCGACAACGAGGCGUUGUACGACAUUUGUUUCAGAACGCUGAAACUGACUACACCGACCUACGGUGACCUCAACCACCUGGUCAGCGCUACUCUGAGCGGGGUCACUACCUGCUUGAGAUUUCCCGGUCAAUUGAACGCCGAUUUGAGAAAACUGGCGGUGAACAUGGUCCCCUUUCCUCGGCUACACUUUUUCAUUCCCGGAUUCGCGCCCCUGACGUCACGAGGAUCCCAACAGUACCGAGCGCUCACCGUCCCCGAAUUAACUCAGCAGAUGUUCGACGCGAAGAAUAUGAUGGCUGCGUGCGAUCCGAGACACGGGAGAUACUUGACGGUGGCCGCCGUUUUCCGAGGACGUAUGUCGAUGAAGGAAGUUGACGAACAGAUGCUGAACAUUCAGAAUAAAAAUAGUUCGUAUUUCGUCGAAUGGAUACCCAGUAACGUGAAGACGGCGGUUUGCGAUAUUCCGCCGAGGGGGUUGAAAAUGUCCGCAACGUUCAUAGGAAAUUCGACGGCUAUACAAGAACUUUUUAAACGAGUUUCCGAACAAUUUACAGCGAUGUUCAGGCGCAAAGCUUUCCUACAUUGGUACACAGGUGAGGGGAUGGACGAAAUGGAGUUUACCGAAGCCGAAAGUAACAUGAAUGACCUCGUGUCGGAGUACCAACAGUACCAGGAAGCUACGGCCGAGGAAGACGGAGAAUUUGACGAAGAAGAAGAAGGCGAGGGGGAGGACAAAUAGAUCCCUUGACGGAAGGAAAAUGUCGUCGUCUCUUUUUUUUUAUUUCUCUCUUCAAAUCAUCGUGAUAAAAUCAUUGGAAAAUAUGAACCGAACUUCAAACUUUCGGUGGUU